GAGAAAGAAAGAGAGGAGGGGAGAGGGGGGGAACUAUGAAAGGAAAUGCGUGUGCUUUGGUUCCUGCACACUUCCCCCCCCCACACUCAGACUUGGGCACGCGCCGAAGUGCGAAUGGCGUGCAAAAGCUUCCCGGGGCUGUGGGGAAGAUAAUGCUUGCAAGCAUUUCCCCCGAGCCAGGUGUGUAUUAUUUGCACAAACUUGUGCACCUACGAGCUUAUGUGCGUGCAGAGGUUCGUGUGCACCAAUGCAUAUUUUCAGAUGUCUAGUGCGUGCCAAGAUAAAGGCAUGCACGGCUGUGUGUGUAAGCAGGCGCGCGUUCCGCACGCAGCGGGUGAACGUCUGUGUAUGUGUGUGCGUUCCACUCCCAGCUCGGCUCCUCUUGGUGCCCGGCCCCCUUCGCUCUUGAAGCCCCACCCCCACCCCUCCAGGCUUUGCUUUUACAAAGGUCUCCCCAGUGCUAGCUGCCCGGGCGCCCCAGAGUGAGCCGGACGGAGGGAGAAGCAGCAGCCUGGGCUUCGCGCCCCGCCCAGUUCUUUUCCCUUGCUGGGGAUCCCCCUCUUCCCCGCCCACCCCUUACCCCCCAUGCAGCUCAGCGCCCUAUGCUAGCCCUCCCCCUCCCCCCUCCAGGAGCGGGGCGCCGCGGGGGGAGGAGGGGGAAUGGGCUGCGGGUCCUUGGUGUUCUAGCACCCAGCUUUCCUCCAAGCCGGGUCGCGAUGUACGACUGCAUGGAAUCGUUUGCCCCGGGUCCGCGACGGCUGUAUGGGGCCGCCGGGCCCGGGGCCGGCUUGCUGCGCAGAGCCACUGGCAGCUCCUGUUUCGCCGGACUUGAGACUUUUGCCUGGCCACAACCCGCCAGUCUGCAAUCGGUGGAGACACAAAGCACUAGCUCAGAGGAAAUGGUGCCCAGCUCGCCCUCACCCCCACCACCUCCUCGGGUCUACAAGCCGUGCUUCGUGUGUAACGACAAGUCCUCUGGCUACCACUAUGGGGUCAGCUCGUGUGAAGGCUGCAAGGGCUUCUUCCGACGAAGCAUCCAGAAGAACAUGGUAUACACAUGUCACCGUGACAAAAACUGCAUCAUCAACAAGGUCACCAGGAAUCGCUGUCAAUACUGCCGGCUGCAAAAGUGCUUUGAAGUAGGCAUGUCCAAGGAAGCUGUGCGGAAUGACCGGAACAAGAAGAAGAAAGAGGUGAAGGAAGAAGGGUCACCCGACAGCUAUGAGCUGAGCCCCCAGUUAGAAGAGCUCAUCACCAAGGUCAGCAAGGCCCAUCAGGAGACAUUCCCCUCGCUCUGCCAGCUGGGCAAGUACACCACGAACUCCAGUGCAGACCACCGAGUGCAGCUGGACCUGGGGCUGUGGGACAAGUUCAGUGAACUGGCCACCAAGUGCAUCAUCAAGAUCGUGGAGUUCGCCAAGCGGUUACCUGGCUUCACAGGGCUCAGCAUCGCUGAUCAGAUCACCCUGCUCAAGGCUGCCUGCCUGGACAUCCUGAUGCUUCGGAUCUGCACAAGGUACACUCCAGAACAGGACACCAUGACCUUCUCCGACGGGCUGACCCUGAACAGGACCCAGAUGCACAAUGCUGGCUUUGGGCCCCUCACAGAUCUCGUCUUUGCUUUUGCGGGGCAGCUCCUGCCACUGGAGAUGGAUGACACCGAGACUGGGCUACUCAGUGCCAUCUGCCUCAUCUGUGGAGACCGCAUGGACCUGGAAGAACCUGAAAAAGUGGACAAGCUGCAGGAGCCACUGCUGGAAGCCCUGAGGCUAUAUGCCCGGCGCCGGCGGCCCAACCAACCCUACAUGUUCCCAAGGAUGCUUAUGAAAAUCACUGACCUUCGGGGCAUCAGCACCAAGGGAGCAGAAAGGGCCAUUACCCUGAAGAUGGAGAUUCCAGGCCCCAUGCCCCCCCUGAUCCGAGAGAUGCUGGAGAAUCCUGAAAUGUUUGAGGACGACUCCUCGCAGCCUGGUUCCAAUCCCAAGGCCUCCAGCGAGGAUGAAGCUCCUGGAAACCAGGGCAAAGGGGACCAAAGUCCCCAGCCUGACCAGGGCCCCUGACCUCCCCUUUCUGUGGGGUUGGGCUCCAGGCAGCAGACUGACCAUCUCUCAGACACUGCCAGUGACUGGGAGAGGACCUGCUCUGCCCUCUCCCCACCUUUCAGUGAGCUCCUUGUUUUUUGCCAAAGUUUCCAGGGGUGCCUUUGUGUUCAUCCCUGCCCCGUUCUAGUUGGCUCCCUCUCUAGGCCUGGGAGCUUGUCCAGGAGAGAGGGCGGAAGGGUGAGCCCGGGUCUGGACUCUAAUCUCAGCACUGCCCCCAUCAGAUACCGCGUCCUAGGCUCCCCAGGGCAGUUGGAAGACCCUGCCAUCCCACAGCCCCUCCCUCUGCCAGGUGCUUGGGCCACUGAGAGCCAACAGGAACACUAGAGACCAAAAGGGCGGGCCUUGGAGAAGGUGGAGCCCACCCUCUUGCCUUGGUGCCUGAUGUUGUGCAAUGCACCCGUGCACACUGCCCUCUGUGCCUUGCCUAUGUGCCAGGUGGGGGUGGCGGGCAGGCUGGGACUUGCAUUUCUGGGGUGGGGCCUGAGGGUGAAAUGACAGAUAUAAGUUCAUUCUUCACCCCUGUGCCCUCUGUCACAAGCCCCUCCCUCAGCCCUAUCUCGUGCCUUGGGGUCAUCUUGCCCCCCCAUCUCAGCCAUUGGGCAGGGACCCUCCUACACUACAGAGGGGCAGGGAUCCCAUCCUCCUAGUGCCUUCUACCCUUGACCCCCCCCCCCCCCAAGAGCAGCUUGGCCCAGGGAGGGGAGAUGCUGCUUAGCUGAUCCCGCCCUGACCCAGAGGAAGCCUCUAUUUAUUUAUUAGCUUUUGUUUACACCCUGGAAUGACCCCUUCGGCCAGGGGUCUUGGGAGGGGGAGCCCAGGGCCUCUGUGAUCCCUCCCUUCUUCCUCCAAUCCCCAGUUUGUAUUUAGCUGCCAAAUAAGAUUCCCGCUGGCUCCCCCUUUUCUCUGGGGGGUCAGGGUGCUGUCCCUGCCCCUCUGUUUACAUCUCCCCUCUACCCCGCUGUAUCGCUGUAUCGCAUAUUGCUGAGUUUUCUAUUUUUGCAAAAUAAAGAGAUGGAAACUCA